UUUCGAACGGAAUCUGUGUUUUUUACCGAAACGCCACCGUUUCGCGUCUAACCUAAAGUGUUUCGCAGUGAUUUCUUCUUCUCGAAACAGUUCGGAUAUAGCUGAUAAUAACAACGAUGGCUAAGAGAAUCUCAGCUCAACUCUUCGUAAGCAGGUUAUCAGCUUACACUACAGAUCAAUCUCUGAGGCAAUUGUUUUCUCCGUUUGGUCAGAUCAAAGAAGCUCGGCUUAUUAGAGACCCAGAAACGCAGAGACCAAAAGGGUUCGGCUUUAUCACAUUUGAGUCUGAAGAUGAUGCUCGAAAGGCUUUGAAAAGCUUAGAUGGGAGGAUCGUAGAUGGUAGACUAAUAUUUGUUGAAGUUGCCAAGAAGGCAGAGGAAGUGACAACGGAUACCAACAGUAAGAAAGCCCAUGACCGCGGGUAAUUUAGGCAAAGAGAGACUCACUGUUAUCAUGUACACUUGUUUACAGAAUUGAUCUGAGAUCAUUAGUUCCCAUGUUCACAACACUAAAAAGAACAGAUGCCAUUUAUGAUAUGGUUUGUAAUCUUGUUUGUAGAAGAAUCCUUGACCCUUGAGGUGAUCUGGGCCUGAUUUAGUUAAUGGGCUUAAAGAUAAUAAGCGGUGAGGCUCCGGUAGGAAAUAUCUGUCGCACAAAGCAAACUCCGAAAUCUCCACGUGUCUGUAUUUGAUUAGUUCUUCUCGGCUGCUUCCCAUCACCGCUAUAAUGAAAGUUGAGCGUCAAAGUGGAGCCAACCUAGAGAGGUACCGAAGAGGCACCUUUCAUUUAAUUUCGAUUUUUCAAAAUAUGCAAAAAUAUUCAAUGGCAAGAGAUAUUCAUUUUGGCUAUAUGGAA